AAGCCACAGGUCCUCCCAGCGCAGGCUGACUGUGCCCUCCUGUGGACGCAUCGGCGAUAUCGGUCAUCUGGAUUAUUCGAUAUAAUUAUAUCUAUUUUUUUAAUGCACUUUUCAAUUCUGGUUUAAAAUUAUUUUUUUUGUGUCUUUUUAUCAAGAUGUUCCCCGCAGUAAAAUUUUGCUCGGAUUAAACUUGUACUUAAAGGAAAUGCUGCUGCACGUCUCAGUGAGCCAUUCCCUGUCCUCAGAGAGGACACGGCGGGGCAGCGCGCUUGGCUGAGCAGCGCUCAAAGAAGCAAAGCGUGGACAAGAAGAGUUCAGCAAACUCGGAGGUAACAAACUUGGAUCUGUUUCUCCUCUUUCAAGGGUCACCUCCACAGUGACACUUUGGUGUGGGCUGAGUGAAAGAGCAACAAGCACCUGCAGGGCCCCAUCAGUGGCCCAAACCCCAUUACUGCAGUAUGGGCAACUUUUCCAGCAAGGACAGCCAUACAGCUACAGGGUCUCAUAGGGAUAGUUUCCACACUCCUCCUGCUUCUCCACUGAGUGAUGGACCUCCUUUUGUAACCAGUGUCCCCCAACUCCUUCACCGUACCUCACCUCAGUCUUCAUCUGCAGCCCCAGUUUCAUCUCCACCUCCAGUCCCAGUCCUCACACCCAGUGGAAAGACGACACAAGCCAGCACCACCCCUGUCACUUCCAGUCCCCCGCCUGAUUGGAGGCCUCAUCCACCAGUCAGCUCAAAUAGUUCCACCACUGGACCUGGAGUUAGCCUGGUGCUCAACAAGGUUAAAGGACAAGCUGCUUUUGGGAGGAAUGGGGGUCCUCCUACCUCCACCCCUCGGACUAUGGUCUCCCAAGGGAAGACUGUUGCCGUCAGCCCAACAAAGAGUCCCUCUUCCUUGUGUAGUGCCUCACCUGUGGUGGGCAGCUCUCUGGGGCCAAACUGGAGAGAAAGGGACAGUGGGCUGAGUCAGUCUUUACUACCCUGUCAAGAAACUGGGGACAGCCAGGGUGAGGAACUGGACAAGCUGCUAGAGGAGUGUAGAACAGCAUUGGGUAUUACUGCCAGUCAGGAUGGGGCCACAAAAACAGCAGAGAUACUGAAGCAUCUACUGACAGAAGUGAAGAGUCUAAAGAGUACUCUGCAGACAGAGCGUGGGGAAUGGCUGCAGUUCCAGGCCGAUCUGCAGGUGGCAGUGUCAGUAGCAGACCGUCUGCGAGCCGAGGCAGAAGAAGAACUGACCGCACUCCGAACAGCGCACAAGGAUGUUGAGAGGGAGCUGGCAGCUGCCCAGCAGAGGCAGAAGGAUGCCGAUAUGCAACUGGUCACACUGAGAGGGGAGUUACAGGAAAGCAGACAGAGACUAGCUGCUCUCACCCAGGCUCAAGGCAAAACUGACACCCAGGAAGCAGAGAGGCCCAAUGGAGGGACAGCCAACAGCUCUGAAAGCAAAGAAGGGACCCAGAGGGGCCGGGACAGGGGGUUGUACAGACUGGGGCGUGAAGGGAUGGAAAGUAGGAGUCAGAAUGAAUUGACAAAAAAUGCUGCAAGUGAGGAGGCCAGAACAGACUGUAAAAGUGUAACUAAGCGUUACCUGAGAAAUGUGACCAAUGAGGGUAAGAGUGGAGAGGAAGUGCAAUCUGGUGAGACACGACGAACAGUAACCACAGAGAGGUCGAGAAGCCUGUCCAGGUUACCUGCUUCCUCAGACUCCCCCACCAUGCUGAAUGGAACUUCCCAGUCAAAUACUGCCUCAACAGUUGGACCUACAAACAAAAACUUGGGGCAGCCGAGAGGCAAAAGAAGUCUUGACUGCCAAGAUAGCAGGUCAAGUACUGACACAGGAAAGCGUGAGGAGUCUCUAAACAAGUACAACUCUGCCCUCACUGAGCUGCCUCCCAUCAAGCCCCAGGAUGGUUUCAACCUGCUGCUGCGUCGCCACGGAGGCUCGAAGAGAAACUCGCUGCUCCGCUGGUGUCAGACCCGAACACAAGGCUACAAGAAUAUUGACAUCACCAACUUCAGCAGCAGCUGGGCUGAUGGCCUCGCCUUCUGUGCCGUCUACCACACCUACCUCCCCUCACACAUCCCUUACAACACUCUUACUCCAGAGAACAAGAAGGAGAAUCUCAGUCUGGCAUUCAAAACAGGAGAGACUGUUGGGAUUGCACAAACUCUGACAAUAGAGGAGAUGCUGAGAACAGGCGGUCCUGAUUGGCAACGGGUCCUGAGCUACGUAGAGAGCAUCUACCGUCACUUUGAGAUGUGAAUGCUGGAGGUGCUGACAGACAAGCCCACCAAAGUGGAUCCUUAAGGACCCUUUAAAGGAACCAAUAGAAGUUCUUUAUAAAGAUCGCUCCCUGAAUACUGUGUUAUACCUUUGCUGAGUGUCAGGAUACUGGAGAAACCAAUUCUUCUAUUAACAAAAAAGAGCUGCAAACUGCAGCUUUAGACAUCAGAAUAAAUGUGAGCUUCUAAGUGCCGGAAAUCUUGCACAUACAUACAGUAUUUACUGAGUAAUAGAUACUGUAUAGAGUCCAGAAUGAGAAGGAAGCUCACAUUGUGAUUAUCUACAAAUUCUCACAGCCGACUGCAUGUGUUUUCAAUGCUGGUUGAAAAUCUACUGCUGUGAAUUAAAGUUCCUUCUGCCUGGUCUUCAUCAUACGUUUCAGAAAAUGUUCUUUGACCAGGUGAAAGAGACAAGUUGCAGUAUUUAAUUUUUUUUUUUGUUGUAUGCAUUCUUAUGCCUUUCCUGUAGUUAAUCAGCUGAUAUUUCUCAUACAUCUUUACAUAAUGUAAAGAAUGAAGAAGCAGUGAAAGCAGACAGCUUGUCAUACUCAGUACAGGGAUGAGAAUGUGACCAUUUGAGAAGGAGGGGAACACCAACCUUUAAUACAAGUAGUUAGAUAUUGUAGCUUUCAAAAUAAAGACACUCAUUGACUAACAUAGAAAUUCAGAAUAUUUUGAUCUUUUAUAGAGCAUCCCUUUCAAGAAGUGGUAUGUAUAGGUAGAGUUGCUGUAAACGUCUCCACACUGGUACUUCACUGACUGAAAGUACUGUAUUACAUCGUGUCCUUCAUCAACUCUGUUCGCAGUCCUUACACUGCAUGUUUUAUCUGUCAAUAUGUUUUGCCUUUUAUCCUUGCCUGUGAUGCUCUGCAGAGAUUCUUCUUCUUGCUGGACCUUUUAGCACUCUGUAAAUAUGCACUUUUGUCAGCACUUUGUUGGUGUAAGAAUGUGAUAAUGUACAGUACAUGAGUUAUACAGCAUCUGUAGUCUUCAAAGGGUUCAGAAGGCAUUCAUUAACAAGACUGCAGACUAGUGUGAAAAUUUGUCCAAGCAGUUGUCGUUUUUGGACAGGAAACACAACGUGAUCAGAUUCUAAGAAGAGUUUCCACACCAGUGCUGUUUAGGUGCUCAGAGCUGAGCAUCACAGGAGUGACAUUGAGCAGAAACUAAUUCAAGCCCACACAGGCUUGCACAUUCAAUUGCAACAUCAUUUCACGUCACACCUGCGCUUUUAUACUACACCAGCGCGGAGAAAUUAACUUUGGACUUUUGUUUGCUGCCAAAGUUGAGGGUGCCAAAUGUUUGAAAAUUAAUCCUAUUUUAUGUUAAUAGAUCACUGUAAAACAUGUUUAUAUGUAACAGGAGUGGGGGGAAAAUGCCAAAGAAAUAAAAUAUUAAUAUGGAGCAAAUAA